CACAUUUGGGGGGAAGGAUGAGGGGUCAGAUGGGGAGGGGGAGGGGAUGUGUGGGAUAGAGUGUCAGAGCGCUCUCCCCCCUCCCGACCAGGCCACGGUGGAGAGCAUGCUGGGAUACGAGACGGUGUAUGAAAACGGCACGCGCACACACACCGAUGUCACACUGCAGGGCCUGAAUGAGACGACUUCACGCACACCCUCACACACUCGCAGGAAACGUCAGGUGUACGGCUUGGACGGGCGCUUUGUCAUCUCAGACAGCCACUUUACCACCAACUACCCGUUCUCCACGGCGGUCCGCCUGUCCACAGGCUGCUCCGGGGUCCUGGUGUCUGACAAACACAUCUUGACGGCAGCCCACUGUGUCCACGAUGGGAAGGACUACCUACAGGGGGUCCGCAGGCUGAAAGUCGGGGUCCUACAGGUCAAAUCUAAACGAGGAGAGGAAGAGGUUGGAGAAGAGGAGGAGGAUGGGAAUGGGAUAGAUGAAGAAGGACCGAGACAGGAGCAGAGACGGAGAGGAGGGAGGCAGAGAGGAAUGAAGGGAAAGGGGGAGAUACAGAACGCGGUUGAUGGGGAGACCGGAGCAGAGGGAGGUGAAGAAGGGAACACAGAGAAGGAGAGAAGAGAGGGAGGGGGUAGGCAGAGAACGAGAGGUAGCAGAAGUAGCCGUGUACAACGCAGCACAGAAACUAAAAAGCAGCCCUCCUUCCGCUGGACACGCGUGAAACAAAUCCACAUCCCCAAGGGUUGGAUACACACAGGGGACGAUGACACUAACGCCGUUACCCCUGACUAUGACUACGCCCUCCUAGAGUUGAAACGGCCAAUCAAACAGAAGCACAUGGAGCUGGGGGUGGCGCCCGCUGCAAAGCCCCUCCCCUUAGGUCGCAUCCACUUCUCAGGGUUUGACAAUGAGCCAGAGGGAGGACAAACGGAGGGAGAGAAAGAAAAGGUGGUCUAUCGCUUCUGUUCAGUGACAGAGGAGUCAGACGACCUGUUGUAUCAGCACUGUGACGCCCAGCAGGGGGCGUCAGGUGCUGGCGUAUACAUCCGGCUCAGACAGGAAGUGGAGGGAUCCAAUAAGAGGAAGUGGCAGCGGAAGGUGAUUGGAGUGUUCUCAGGGCACCGCUGGGUGGAAGGGGACCGGGGUGAAAAGAGGGAUUAUAAUGUGGCGGUGAGGAUCACUCCACCUAAAUACGCUCAGAUCUGCCACUGGAUCCAUGGGGAUCCCAGCAUGUGUACGAAGGCCUGAGAAGUCAGGGAUCUAUCUGCUGGAUCUCUCAGACUGAUCAGAGGAAGAAACAAAUGUUCAUCUAGCACUUUUCACUGAGACCUCAAAGUGCUGCAAUGGUGGUCAACGAACUAUCAAAUGGCCAGCACAGACAGAUCAGAUGGAAUAGGAUUUCGGAAUAUGGGAGGAUUUUCAUGCUCCGGUCAAUCAAACAGAUUCCUAUCCAGAAUGCAAAAAAAUGAUUUUGAGGUCUCAAAAUUCUAUGGUGCUCUCCAAACACUAACAGGUUUUCCAGUCUUAUAUGCCUUUAUGUGUUGCUUCCAAGAAAUGCCCAUUGUGCACGUAAUACGGGGGCUAAGAUUAAUUCCAUUGGUGCUUAUUUUUACCAUCUCUGCAUGAUUCAUAGUUUUGUUAUCUGGCUUAAAUGUAAAUGUGUCUUUUGUUGAGUAUUUCCUAAA